GCGGGCAAGAGAGACGCUCUCGGGGACUCGCUGCCUCAGUCCUCCACCUGGUCUUGUUCAGUGUGUGUGCUCCUUGGUGCUGUUCGAUGCUCAGAGUAUUAUUGUGGCCUGUGAACAAAAUCUCGAUUCGACUGGUAUUUUUGUUCUUACUAUGAUAGGAUGGUCUUUGUUGACUUCCACGUGUUUGAAAGAGGCGUCUGAUUCGAGCUUUUUCAGGCGUAUUUAAGAAAUGAAUGUGGAGAGCGAGUGGUGGUGGGCGUGGUCAGGAGCUGCAGGUGGCGCGUGGGCGGCAGUGGUGUGCGUGGUGGUGGUGAUGGGCGGCGCCGUCAACGUGGCUGUGGUCAUCCAUUGGGCGACAUCCCGUCCCGCACAGGACUCGCCCUCGGCAGCUCUUCCGUGCGUGGACCUCCUCCUCUGCGUCCUGGCUGCCCCGCUUCGCUACGCCCACGCUCCGCCCAUCCCCACGCCCGCGGGCUCUCGCCUGGUGGCCGAGGCCACCCUGGCGCCACAGAACAUUUCCGGAGGCGCACUGCAGCUCGACGCCACGGGCAAAGUGGCCAACGCGAGUACGCCGGGCACGGACUGGGAGGCGCCGCUCGCCCCCCCAGGGCCCGGCACCAGCUUGGCGCACGCCGUGGUGGUGGGCGUGUGCCUCACGUCCCUGCACGUCGUGGUCAUCGUGGCCCUGCACCGCCUCACGCUGCUGCUGAAGUGCUCAGUCCGCGGCCGCAAGCCCUUCCGCUUCGCGUCGCCGCUGCUGGUGGUGGCGGUGGCCCUCGCGGCGGCGGUGGCGCUGUGGGCGGCCUGCACGCACGGGACGCUUCACGGAUAUGUUCCCUCUGCUGGGCGUCUCGAGGCCCCGCCCUCCUGGCGCCCCGCCGCCGCCCUUGGUGGUGGGCUUCCUGUCCUACGUGGCAGGUCUGUGCGGCGCCACUAUUCUCUGUUACCUGACUAUCAUCAGCGCCCUCAUCCACCAGGGGCGCAGCCAGGCCGUCGCCGCAGCGCCGCUCCCUGAAUUCUCGGGCCCGCCCUCCUACAGCAGCGUCAGUAGCCCAGGCCCUUCAACAGAAUCCGGGGUUGCAGGUCCCGGUCACGGCGGGCACGGGUUGGCGCUGAGGGCAUGCAUUACGGUGCUGUCAGUGCUGGUCACGCUGUCUGUGUGCUGGGCAGUCCCCGUCUGUCUAGCACUCUACGCCUUGCUUAGCGAGGCGCCCAUGACACCGUCGCUGCCCUACAGCGAUGCCCUCCUGCUCCUCUCGGGCUUGGUUCACCCCUUUGUUUACGGCGAGGGCUGGGCGGCCGUGGCAGCGUGCGUGGGCGGGCUGCGACACGGCGUGAUAGCCACCAGUUAUCGCGUGGGCCUCGCCUCGCGUCCACGAUCACGAAUGCAAACGGCUGACCCGCCAAGUGACAGCGGUGGUGGCGGCAGAACCUGGCAGAGCUCAGAGGCGUGCUGCUGGCCGUGCCGGAGCCAUGGCACACAGGCUGCUACGGAAACAGCCACGUUCAACAUUAUCCCUCUCCGCCAAACGUCACUCCAUAAUACAGACUCGUGAUGGUAUAAAGUCAGCGUUAGUUAUUUGUGAUCUUGUAUUAUACAGUAAAUGGUAGCCAAAGAUAAAGAGCGUGUAAGUUUUCUUAUGGGUGUACGGGUGUUAAUAUGCUGAUAAAUACCAGACUACUUCCCUAAGUCAAGUUAUUUCUUUCUGUCGAUCCGGCAGCUGAGGUCACUGACUUUUACAACAUCGAAGACUCAUGACAUGUAGUUUAUUGAAACCCGUCAAUGCGAGCGGCCACGGUCUUCGGGUACCCGCAUAGGUGACGUUAUGGGCGAGAAAAAAGUACGAAACCACUUGCUUACGGCGCUUGGUCGCCUGUGACGUCAUCGUUACUCUUAGCUGCGCGCGUGGGCAAGCCUUUAAGCCAGAGGUCGGCUACCUUUUGAACAUUUGUGUGCCAGUUUAUAAUAAAUGACUUAUUCAUAAUCUUUCGUGCCAGUUUUAUUUCGGCACUGUAUCCCCAAAUGUAUCAUUGCACAUGUACAACAUAUUCGUAUAGUAUUUAAUAUUCUUUGUAACGAAAAAUGUUUUAUAAUUUAAGAUUUAUACUCACCAUAUUAGUAUCUGGACACACUGAGCUUCAAACAACCCUCAGUGUGAUCUGCUGUAAGCCUGAAGUGAUAGGGGCAGAGGGUAUGCUGCAUGUGUGAAAACAUCUGGCUCGCAUUCGUAUAUAGAUCCAAAUGCCGAUAGCAAUGCCAAGGCUACUUUCCUCAUGUUAUUGAAUUUAUCAGUGGUGUCACGGAACUUAAUAUGGAGGCUGUGUGAUCAUUCCCGGUAGUUUCCUAUAUUUAUCGAUUUUAAAAUUUAGUUGACCAUAACGUCUUUUUGCUGUAACUUUCUUAACUCCUCUGAAUAUCAAUAGCGUGCCUAAGGUUGCCGACCUCUGCUUUAAGCAAUUUAUUUUUUAUAUUUUACUCAUUGUAAGCUGUUUACUUCAUUUCUUCUGUAAUGACCUGGAAUUUUUAUCAAUAGACAUACUUCACCUUUCAUCGUUUCAUUAUUGACCAUAUUAGUGUACAUUUCACUACUUUUCUUCCUAUAAUAAAUAUCAGCUGUCUCGUUUUACUUUUAUUUCCUUUGUCAAACACCAACGCUUCCGGGAAAACGUUGGAUUCUUUAGUAUGGUUUUGUUAAACGUGUCUGCACAUAGAUGGUCCUGUUAGUGCCAAGCUACAAAGGAGUCAAUUGAUAGAUCUUGUGACCUUUCCCUUCCUGAGCUAGGAUUAUUUUUUUUUACUAGUGUUAUCAAUAUUGAUAUCAUUUUUGUUAUAAACAUUAAAAUUACUAUAUUGUUAUUGUCAUUAUUAACAGCAGUAUUAAAUACUAAAAAUUAUCAGAAAUCAAGGAAAAUAGUAAUCAUGUAAGUCAGGUACUUCUUGUAAUUGGCUCAUUGGUGCUUGUGGAGCCAUGUACAUGUAAAAACAAUUACUAAAUUAAACAGUGGGAAUGCCAUGUAAUUUACCGUUGUAAAGCACAACUUUAUUCAAGUAAUUUAAUUAACUUGACGAAACUUUUACAGCAAACCACAGACUAUAAAAUGAUGCAAUACAACAAAUUAUGAAAUCACCAACUGGGAGGAAAAAAAUGCCAGUGUUUAAACAUUUAAAUACAUACAAUGCCAGUUGAUUUUUGUUUGUACUUUGUUGGUUAUAAAUACAUCAUUCAAAGAUUAACACCAUGAAGGAUAAAAUGAAAAAUCAGCAAUACA